AAGGUACUGCAGAGGAGCGGACCGCGCGUGCCGCUCUCCCUGUUUCGGACGGCGGCCUGUUUUGUUGUCUCUUAGGCUGGGGGAAGGUUUGGCCGCGUCCGAGGGAGACGUUCGUAGACAUCCAUCUUAUUUUGUUUGAAAAGUUACUCAUUCAAAUUGUCAGUGCGUGACAGCUCGGAAUAAAGCUAAUUUGUGGCCGCCCCUCCUCUCUUCCCAGAGGAUCUCCGAGGCAGAGGAGCGGACGCGGGGCUGACUUGGGUGGGGCUGACCCAGUGCCGCAGCAAUCCCGCGCGAGAGCUCAGGGCAGGGCAGCGUAGGGGCGGGAACUCAUAAAAGAUGGAGCCUUGUAGGGGACAAUGACUCUCGGGAUAAAGGCCGAGUGGAGAAAAUCAGGCCCCACUUAAGUAAAGAGUUGGGAAACCUAGGGCGCCCCCAGAGUCCCAGGAGGCGGGCCUUGCACCCGCGUUAAUUUAGGGGAGCACCAGCUUCCCUAGGCGAGCGCUCCAGGAGCGCUGUGACCAACUCUCCACACCUGGCGCCGGUUCGGAGCUGCCGUAGCUGAAGGUUAGAACACCCUGGAACCUCGGUCGGUCCCGGAUCGUACUCUUCGGAGAAGGACGCCCGACUGGGCUCAACCCACGCGGCAGCAGCAAACAGUUUGGCGUGGCUGGGGCGUGGCCGAGGGGGCGGGCCACGCCCCCUUACCCAGUUCCCCUCCACUCCCCGCUCCCAUUGGUCACCAGCAUGGCCAAUGAACGCCCUGAUCGAGGUCCUACCCUGGGUCUGACUCGAAAGCUCCUGCCAAAACUUUGGGAGUUUUUAGAGAGGAGUUUUUUUUUUUCUUUUUUUUCCCCUCUUAUUACUUUUUUUUUUUAAACUAACGGAUUAUUAUUGUUGUUGUUUUAAAUUUAUUUCUCAAGCCUUAGCUGUUUGGCUGUUUCUUUCGGUGCCCGGCCCCGUCUCCCUGGCUUCCCUGGCUUCCCUGGCUUCCCUGGCGUGUGCGGAGCCGCGCACCCGCCCGCCCAGCCGCCCGAGCGCCCCUCGCUCGCCUCCAGCCCGCGGGGAGCGCGGGCGCCGAGCCGCCUUUAAAGUGAGGCCAGGGCCCGAGGCUGUGACCGGCUGGGAUCCGGGCCUCGCCUCCUCCGUCGGUGGCGCUAGGGCUCCCUGGCUUCGCUUCAGUUCGGACCGAGAAGUGUAAGUGGAUCGACCCCGGCUGGGCUGCCGCCCCCUCCUGGACUUAGCGCGCCCCUCUCCGCGAACCCACUCACCCACUCGGCCCCGGCAGGCCGCAGCGGCCGCUGGCCUCACCCCGCCAGGAUGUUCGCCGCGGGGCUGGCUCCCUUCUACGCGCCCAACUUCAGCCUCUGGUCGGCCGCCUACUGCUCCUCCGCCGGCCCGGGCGGUUGCUCCUUCCCCCUGGACCCCGCUGCCGUCAAGAAACCCUCCUUCUGCAUCGCGGACAUCCUCCACGCCGGCGUUGGGGAGCCGGGGGCGGCCCCGGAGGGUCUGGCUGGGGCCUCGGCCGCCGCCCUCACCGCGCACUUGGGAUCGGCUCACCCGCACGCCUCGUUCCAGGCAGCCGCCAGAUCCCCGCUUCGACCCACCCCGGUGGUGGCGCCCUCCGAAGUCCCGGCUGGCUUCCCGCAGCGGCUGUCUCCACUCUCAGCCGCCUACCACCACCAUCACCCACAGCAACAACAGCAGCAACAACAACCGCAGCAGCAACAGCCUCCGCCUCCUCCUCGGGCUGGCGCCUUGCAGCCCCCGGCCUCCGGGCCCCGGGUGGUCCCGAACCCCCACCAUAGCGGCUCCGCCCCGGCCCCCUCCAGCAAGGACCUCAAAUUUGGAAUUGACCGCAUUUUGUCGGCAGAAUUUGACCCCAAAGUCAAGGAAGGCAACACACUGAGAGAUCUGACAUCACUGCUAACUGGGCGGCCCGCUGGGGUGCACCUGGGCCUACAGCCCUCCACAGGCCAGUUCUUCGCAUCUCUGGAUCCCAUUAACGAGGCUUCUGCCAUCCUGAGUCCCUUAAGCUCGAACCCAAGAAAUUCAGUUCAGCAUCAGUUUCAAGACACAUUUCCAGGUCCCUAUGCCGUGCUCACGAAGGACACCAUGCCGCAGACCUACAAGAGGAAGCGCUCGUGGUCCAGGGCGGUCUUCUCCAACCUGCAGAGGAAAGGCCUGGAGAAAAGAUUUGAGAUUCAGAAGUACGUGACCAAGCCAGACCGAAAGCAGCUGGCGGCCAUGCUCGGUCUCACCGACGCACAGGUGAAGGUGUGGUUCCAAAACCGGCGGAUGAAGUGGCGGCACUCCAAGGAGGCCCAGGCCCAGAAGGACAAAGACAAGGAGGCCGGCGAGAAGCCCUCAGGCGGAGCUGUGGCCGCAGACGGCGAGCCCGAGGAGCGGAGCCCCAGCCGUUCAGAGGCCGAGGCUGAGAGCGAGAGCAGCGACUCCGAGUCUCUGGACAUGACCCCCAGCGACACGGAGCGGACUGAAGGGGCCGAUCGGUCCUUGCACCCAACGACGGUCAUCAAGGCCUCCGCGGCGGGCGCCCUCCUGGCCGCCAGCAGCGGCGGCAGUGGGGGAAGCGGCGGCGGCGGCGGUGGCGGCGGCGGCGGCGGUGGUUUUAGCUUCGGCGGCCUCAGUAGCAGCAGCACCGGCGCCGGGAGCAGCGGCGGCAGCGGCGCCUCGGAGCUGCUCCCCGCGCCCCAGCCCGCCCUCGGCAGCGCCCCCAAAAGCCCCGAGUCCACCCAGGCGCCGCUGGGUGGCCUCUAGACUGGACAAGGUUGGAGGGGACGCGAGGCCCCGGCGCAGGCUCGCAGCCUUGCAGUGUGGGAUGGAUUUUGUGCCUGCUUUCCGGUGGCAGCAGGGCCAGGGCCGGAGACGCGAGGGCAGAGCCCUAAUGGAGGGCACGCAUCGCUGUCCCAGGCCUGCAGCCCACCCCUCACGGAGCCGAGGGGAGUCGAGCGCGCCCAGCACCGGGCUCCCAGCUCCAUCCGCACACCUCGGCCUGGAUACAAGCAGCUCCCACUGUGAAGUGUUGGACUGAGCAGUCCUCCCCUCGCUAGGGGUCGUGGCACAAAGAUGCGCGGCACUUAGGAUGCAACAAACUUGUAAAUAAAAUGUUUACUACGGUUUGUAAA